CUCUUCCUCCCCCUCCUCCUCCCCCUCCAGCCUGAUGUCCAGCCAGGUAACUGUUGGGCGUUCAGAGGCUCUUCAGGAGUUCUGGUGCUCCGCCUCUCGAUGAGUGUGUCCCCGUCGUCCUUCUCUCUGGAGCACGUCCCCAGAUCUCUGUCUCCCAGCGGGACGUCUAGCAGCGCCCCGAGGGACUUCAGGGUCUACGGUCUUCAGGACGAGGAGGAGGAGGAGGGGAAGCUGCUCGGCUCCUUCAGAUACGACCAGGACGGAGAGGCUCUGCAGACGUUCCCCGUCACCGAGCAGAACGGGUCCUGGUUCCAGGUGGUGGAGCUGCAGGUUCUCUCUAACUGGGGGAACCCGGAGUACACGUGUCUGUAUCGCUUCAGGGUCCAUGGCUCACCUGCUGACACACAGCAUUAAACAACAACAACAACAACAACAUCAGGGGAACUGCCGAGUGUUUCCUGUGGAAAACACACUCGGUUUAAUGUACAUAUCGUUCAGAUUUCACCUGUUAGCGUCUCGUCUAAGCCCCGCCUCCUUUCACCUGUUGACGUCUCAUCUAAGCCCCGCCUCCUUUCACCUGUUGUCUUGUUUCAGCCCCGCCUCCUUUUACCUGUUAACGUCUCAGCCCCGCCUCCUUUCACCUGUUAACGUCAGGUCUAAGCCCCGUCUCCUUUCACCUGUUGUCUUUCAGCCCCGCCUCUUUUCACCUGUUAACGUCUAAGCCCCGCCUCCUUUCACCUGUUAAAGUCUCGUCCAAGCCCCGCCUCCUUUCACCUGUUGUCUUGUUUCAGCCCCGCCUCCUUUCACCUGUUGUCUUGUUUCAGCCCCGCCUCCUUUCACCUGUUUCCGGGCGGAACUCUAGACGCUAUUUUAUUCUGAAAUGUGUUUUUUUUUGUUUUACAUGCUGUAAAUAUUUGUGUGUUUUUGUGUGCGUGAAACCGGAUUAAAUAAAGAUGGGAAGUUUU